UGGCGGGCGCGCUGACGCACAGCAACAGCGAGGUCUUCGAGAUCCCUGAGCUGCAGAUUGGUGAGCGCGCGCCGUUCGUGCAGCCUGUAUAUGGGGCGACCCAGAGCCGUGGAUGAAGGCCGGUGUGAGGUUUCCCUCCUCUGUCCUUCCUUCUGCUGUACAAGCAGCGCUCCUGCACACAUACAGAGCUUCAAGGCUGCAGGAAGUUCUGCUCAGGAAAACCCUCCACCUUGACCGCUUGACUGAUGCUACAGUUUGCCUCUUUGUAUUUCGCUUGCUGUGACCUUAAGGCCAGAGGACCCAAAUAUAGGACUCCAUUGAAGAAAAGGCUUUGAAUAUAUUACCUUUUGAUCAGUUUACUGUGAUCAUGGCGGCCACAGGUUAUGGUUACUACCGUGUAGUCAUCUUUCUCUGCAUGUUCACCGGCUACUCGCUGUAUUUCUUCAACAGGAAGACGUUCUCUUUUGUAAUGCCCUCCGUGAUGGAGGAGAUAGAACUGGACAAAGACGACUUGGGUCUGAUCACCAGCAGUCAGACCAUGGCCUAUGCCAUCAGUAAGUUCAUCAGCGGCGUACUGUCGGAUCAGAUCAGCGCCCGCUGGCUUUUCUCCAUCGGCCUCUUUUUAGUAGGAGGCAUCAACAUAGUCUUUUCUUGGUCUUCAACGGUGUCCAUGUUCUCGCUGCUCUGGUUCAUCAACGGCCUGGGACAGGGCUGUGGCUGGCCCCCAUGUGGAAAGGUCCUGCGGAAGUGGUAUGAGCCCUCCCAGUUUGGAACAUGGUGGUCUGUGCUCUCCUGCAGCAUGAACCUGGCCGGCAGUCUGGGUCCUCUCAUGGUCACCGUGCUCCUGCAUUACUACGAAUGGAGAACGAUUCUGGCCAUGUCGGGCGUUUUCUGUGCUUCGUUCUCGUUCGUUUGUCUGAUAUUUGUAAAGAAUGAGCCAAAGGAUGUGGGACUUCCCAGCAUUGAAGCAGCAGCUAAGAAGGGUUCAAAAGGAGCCAACAGUGAAAGCACCCUGAGCGAAUUCCUCCUCUCUCCCUUCCUGUGGGUGCUGUCUCUGGGUUACUUGGUCGUGUUCGGGGUGAAGACCGCAGCCACUGACUGGGGGCAGCUGUUCCUCAUGCAGGAGAAAGGCCAAACCGCUCUCAUGGGCAGCACCUACAUGAGCGCGCUGGAGGUGGGGGGGUUCAUCGGCAGCCUUUCAGCAGGUUUCAUCUCGGACAGGGCCGUAGCUCGUAAAGGCUUGAGCACCCAUGGCAACCCUCGCCAUGGCCUGCUCAUCAUGAUGAUGGCUGGCAUGUAUGUGUCCAUGUAUCUGUUCAGAGUGACCAUCACAGCUGAGAUGCCAAAGGAAGCUCCUCUUUGGGUCCAGGUCAUCCAUCCAGUGUCUGUCCUGCUUGGAGUAUCAGAGAAAGAGAUUUGGAUUCUGUUCCUCGGUGCCAUGUUUGGGUUUUCUUCUUACGGACCAAUUGCCUUGUAUGGAGUGAUAGCGAGUGAAAGCGCUCCUUCUAAUUUCUGUGGAACAUCUCACGCAGUUGUUGCUCUGAUGGCGAAUGUGGGGGCUUUCAUGGCCGGGCUUCCCUUCAGCACUAUUGCCAAGCAGCACAGCUGGGACAUGGCCUUCUGGGUAGCUGAGGUCCUAAUGGGCAUCACCACCAUCGCAUUCUUCUUUGUGCGUAACAUGCGCACCAAAAUGGGACGGAUCGCAGAGAAACUGGACUAAUACCCACUGUUGGGGGGAGAAUACGGCACAAUGAUUGAACUGGAAUUUUAACAAACAAACUACUGUCAAACAAAUGAAUCUGAGGACACUUUUAGAUCAUAAAUAACUUUAUAGAUACUUAAUAUUUGUUAUGAGAUAUACACUUUUUUAUUGAUUUAAUCAUCACCAGCACAAAAAUGCAGCAGAUCACAGUUCUUCAAAAACAUAUAAUUAAAGCACACGCUCUGUUCUUGACACAUUUCUAUAAUGUUGUGCAGCUCAGUGCAUUCAUGUGUCUCCACUAGUGUUUUACCAAUACCAGUGUCAGGUGGUAUCGGUAUCGGCGAGUACCAACAAAUAGGGCACCGAUACCAUUUUGAGAACCUAAAGUUUAUUCAACUAUUGUCACCCAUUCCAGGUAGGCAAUAAAAAGUUCUACUGGA